CUGUCGUAUGGGUGUUGCCAUGGCAAUUAACGGUACAAAAACAAUCAACGAUUCUUCAUGUCAUACUAAAAAGAUGAGCUUGCUUCUGGGUCACAAUAGUAACUUUUUCCAUGUGUUGUUAUAAUUUCCUAGUACGUAUAUCUAGUAGGGAAUUUAUUAGUAGGUAAAAAACCUUCGCCACGAAAUACUUAACUCUCGCAAAGGACUAUGGGAGAUUUAAUUGACAGUUGUAUACGUGCUGUUUUGUUUAGCAGAUUUAUUUCUUUGUUUGAGAAUGCGUUUUGUGUAUACUAUCGUGUUUCCCCAUCUCUUAUAAAUGAAAGAUUGCAGAAUCAACAUAUUAGUAGCAAGGCAAACAAUCCGAACUUAAGCGUUCGUAAGCUUCAGCACGGAUGAAAAUAGAAAACAUGUGUUCUAGAUCAAAUAUAUACUACUCAGUGAGGAAGAAAAUGAAAGAAUUGGAAAAUAGGAUAUUUAAAACAAAAUGGCAAGGCUGAAAGAAAGGAAUAGUUCGUUGAUCAAUCGAAAAUCCAAUGUGUGACAGUUCAUAAUUAAGUUGUGCUGUACGUUGAGCAGAUCGCUAGAAAAGGUUUAAAGCUACCACGCACGCAUCUUAGGAACUCAACAAGAAUGAUAAAUUCAACAAAUUUCACAGCUGUCAGCACAUCAUGCGAUAGCGUGUUAAAGGGAAUGAAACCAACACUGGAUCUUCCAAUAUUCAUUAUAAAAGAAUUAUGCGAUGCAGCUGCGUACAAUCUUACCAAUCAUACAAACAGAUUUGAGAGAUAUUGUUGUCAAAAUGCCAGCAAUGUGCCGGUGGAUUACAAUGCACUUAACAGUUUCCUGAACUACAAUUGUCAUAACGUGAACUUGACGAAUUCAUCACGGAUAAAUUUCUGUUCUUAUGAUCACAUAUCACCAACGAAGAACAUCCAGGACCCUGAAGUACCUUUAGGUUACAUCCUUUUAAUAACAAUACUUGGUCCAAUUGGCCUUCUCUCAAAUAUGCUGAUCCUUUUAACUGUGAUGAAAUGCAAAAAGCUUCAAACUGCAUCUAGCUUAUUUAUAUGUAAUCUUGCUUUUACUGACUUGAUUUUGAUUAUUGAGAGUGUUAGCUAUCUGUUUGUGAGUUUGGAGUAUAUUAACAUAACUUCGCAUCAGAAAGGGUUGUACAUCAUAAUAACAUCCAUCGAUGCCAUGUUAGGCUCGGCUUCGUUGCUUUAUGUAACAGCUAUCACGAUUGAAAGAGCUAUUGCUGUUGCUAAACCACUGAGUUAUCCCUUAAUAGUUACGAAGAAGAGAGCCAUUGGUUCAAUGAUUGUUAUAUGGGUAUACUGUGUCAUCGUCCUUAUAAUUUUUCUCAUCAGGUACUGGUGGAACAACGCAAAGUAUGCAGAUGAUGUGUUUUUCUUUGUUGUCGUUUGCAGUUUUCUUGUUCCAUGCUUGCUUGUUUUGAUUUCAUAUGUCAAGAUUGCAUUGAUUGCGUUGAAGAAUUUACAAACGGACAGGAAAAUAUACAAAUCCAUUUUUGCUAUUGCCAUGUUAGGCCCCAACACGCCGAAUCGUCCCGCACGUUUUCGUGAAAUCAAGCUCGCUCUUAAUCUUGCUAUUAUGACCACGCCUUUCGUUUUUGGUUGGGGGUAUUAUAUGAUCUAUAGCAUUGUAGAAGUGAUCAAUGAUGAGAUAACGAAUAAUGAAGUCGUCAUGUUCAUGAUGAACUCUCUACCAUUUAUUAUUUCGUGUGUCAAUCCAGUGACAUAUUUGAUUUUUACAAGAUCCUUAAGAAAGGAAUCGUAUCGGGUGAUCAGUACGACGUUUGUCAAGUUAAAUGAUUUGCGACGAGCUAGUACCAUGACAACGACGUCACUUUUAUCAAACUCAUCACGUCAGCAGACAUCGGUUACUGAGUAACGAAAAGAAGAUUUGAAUAGAAUGAUUGUCUUAAAUAAGACCAAUGGUUGUGUAUUGGUUUUAAAUAAACGAUGUCAAUUGACAGUUAAGAUUAGAAAUUAAAGAAAUUGUUAGAAUUUGGUAGGAUUUUUACGACAUACAUUUUAUUUCAUUUAUGUUUUUAUGUAUAUAGUUAUUUUUUAUCGACGAAUUUUAUUUGAUUGAGAAUUUAUGAUUUAAAAUUUGCAUUACAUUUUAUCAAAUCAGUUUUAACAUUAUCGUGGGUUGAAAAUAAAGCAGCGCGCAGAGAUAACGUAGGUAGAGUGAUAAAGAGAGAAAGAAAGAGAUGACAGAAUUGGUGCUUUAUAUUUUUGAUCAGUACUUUUAGAUAAAAACUCACAAAAAGGCUAAAAUUUUCUGAAAUCGAUCCAUAUCUCUGAUCAUAAAAAAAUACUUUAAUCCCCUUCAACCAACGUAUGUUUAUGACUGCUAUAAAUAGAUUUAUAUACUAUAAAUAGAAUUUAAAAAAUGUAUUAUUAUCAUUAUUAUUUUGUCAGUUUAUUAGUAGCGAACACGAU